AUGGUUAAUGUUCUUUUUAUACCAACAGAAGCUCAACUUGGUCCAAUAUCAAACAGUUUAAUACCAUCAUCUUCACUUUCAAAUCCACUUAAUCCGAUUCAUCUCAAUCCGAAUACAUCUUUCAAUGAUAUUAAUUCCAAGUUACCUCAUUCAUUUACAUCGUCUACACAAAAUACGUUAAAAUCAAUGGAACAAACAGAUUUAAGUAAAAUUCUACCUGAAAAUUCAAAUACAACAUAUCCAUUUGAUAAUUGUUUAUCAACUACAUCUAUAGAUAAUAUUUCAUUAUUGAAUUCAACUAAUAUGAAUUCAGCGGCUACUGCUGCUGCUGCUGCCGCUUCUGCAGCUAUGGUAACGGCAUUAAGUCAAUUUUUAUUAGGCAAUGCACCUGGUCAAUCAUUACCGAACCCAUCAUUGUUGGCUGCAACAGCUGCACUGACUAAUCCUGAAUUAUUGAAUACUCUUAUGAAUACACUGCCACCUACCAUUACUACUACUAAUACUAAUACUACUACUACUACCAACACUACUAUUGAUACUAAUACGACUAAUAAAAGUGAUAACAGUAACACACCAACUAUUCAAAGCAGCAUAAACGAACUUAAUCCUAAUCAUUUUAAUAAACUACUGAAUAGUUUGACCAAUGUACAUAACCAUCUAAAUUUUCCACGUAGCGUAGGACUUUCAAAUGAUAUCGCCCAAAAAUUACUUGAUAUCGAUACUAAUUCAUUUGGACUAAAAGAUCAUGCCUUGAAUUUUAUUAUCAACAAAGCAUGUAAUAUAUCACCUGAUUCAUUGACUAAAUCUCCAACAUCUUCCUCGCCGUCAUUGUCAUCAUCAAUUUCACCACCAGCUAUUAUAACAACAACAAUCGGGACAACAACUAUGACAACAUCAAUUAGUCAAAAUUAUUCUACGUUGAAUCACUUAAAUCAAAAAACUCCUUCAUCACUAUCUACACAUUCAAUAUGGCCGUGUAAUUUAGAAUUAGAUUUUACAAAUCGUUCCAUUAUUAAUCCAUUACAAUCGAAUUGUGCAUUGAAUCAAUUAUUUACUGAAUUAGAUACAAAUCUAUCAAUGAAUAUGACAACAUCAGCAAAUUCAUUUGAUCAACAAAUGUUAUCUACAAUUAAUUUAUCAACUUGUAAAAAUAAUAGUUAUAUCACAGAGAAUUCAUCUAAACUAAAUAAUUCACGUCAUUUAAGUGUUGACAGCGAAAAUUAUUCCAGUGAUCUUGAAGGCGGCGGCGAUGGUGGUGGUGGUGUUGGAGAAGGUGUAGGUGGUGUUGGCGGAGGAAAUUUAACUGAUUCCACAUUAAGUGGAAGUUUCAAUACAUCAAAAAGAAAACGUUCUAAUUCACCGAAUAACUCAAUUGAUAACAGUAAAUCACGUAAAUGUAAUUUUUGUAAUAAACAGUUUAAUUGUACAAGUGCCUUGAGAAUACAUUAUAGAAAACAUUCAGGUGAACGUCCGUAUAUAUGUCGGCAUUGUGGUAAAGCUUUCUCACAAAAUGGUACAUUAAAACGACAUUCACAAACAUGUAAAGCUGCUUAUAAUAAAAACAACAGUAACGCUAAUAUCCAUAAUAAUAAUAAUAAUAAUAAUAAUAAUAAUAAUAAUAAUAAUAAUAAUAAUAAUGAGAAUCGUGAUGCUCAUUUCAAUCAAAAAUUUCCCACAUCUACACCUACUACAUAUCACCAAUCAUCAUUCAUUAAGAACAUAUCAAAUAAUAUUACUGAUCCAAUUAAUUUGAAAGCAUCAAAUUUUUCAACAUUGUUAUGUGAUCCAAUUGAUGGAUUAUCUGAUACUGAUAGUCAAAUAAAUGCAUCACAAUCUAUAAAUAACAUUAAUCAUAUAAAAACUACUUUACCUACUACAAUUAAUAGUAUAAAUACUAAUCUGAAUAUUAUGCAAAAUAAUAAAAUGAAUGUAAAUAAACUAUCUAAUCAAUAUAUUUAUCCUGAACUGACGGAAAAACAAUUACAUAAUUUGGAAAAAUCACAAAUAUGGGAAAAUAGUAAUAUGAAAUUGGAAGAAGGGAAUUGUUCAUUAUUGAAUAGGACACCACUUCCGUCAAUAAUGACAACAAGACAAGAAAGUAGCGCUUUAAAUCCUUUUAAACAACAACAACAAAUCAUUAAUGUCGGUUCAACAUACAAUAUUCAAAAUCAAACCACAACACUUUGGUCAAAUUUUGAUUGGACAAUAUUAACUAAUUAUGAAAUUAAAUUAUUAUUAGAAAAAUUACAUUCACUUGGUAAAAUAUAUGGUUGUAUUGAUUGUCAAACAUAUUACUUAGAUGAGAAAAUGGCAAAUUAUCAUUUAAGUAGUAUGCAUGGAAAUUUAAAUGAUCAUUUGUCAUCAUCAUCAUCUUCGUCAUCAUCAUCAUCAUCAGCAGUAACAGUAGCAGCAGCAUCAACAUCACAGUUAGUAGACAAUAGUAGUAAAAAAUUUGAAUGUUUUUUAUGUGGUGUAAAUUUAAAUAAUUCUUCAUUAUUUUUAGAACAUUUUACUCAUUGUUUAUCAGUGAAAAAACAUAAUGGAAUAGAUUUAAUGAUGAAACAAACUACUACUGAUCCAUUAACUAUUCUUUCCGAUAAUAAAACCACUGAUAAUAAUAAUAACAGUAAUAAUAAUAAUAAUAAUAGUAAUAAUAAUACGUGUAAUGAGGUGGAUAAGAAUGAAGAUGAAAACACCAAUGAACAAUUAAUAAAUGAAACAAUACAAAUUACAAAUACUAAAUCACAAGAAAUACAUACUGUUUCAUCGAUUAUAGACAAUUGUAAUAAUAAUAACAAUAAUGAUAAUCCUGUAUUGAACAGUGUCAACGAUCAAUCAGAAAUAAAAUUGAAUGGUUAUUGUAUCGAGGAGAGAAGUGAAGUACAUGAAAAAGAUAAUGAUUUGCAUACAUCAUCACCAUGUAAUAUAACAUUCUCUAAUUCUGUAGAUCAAUUAACUGGAUAA